GUAAUAUUUCAUUUUGAGGCCUAUACUACAAGGUCAAGGUCAUUUGGUCGUGUUCAACCCUAAAAUGAGAAGAGCUCUUCAACCACAAGAGAGGUCAUGCAACACCAACACUCAUAACAUAAAGCCAUAGACUGUAUACAUUAUGAACGCCAAAGUUUGUAGUUCUUGCAUAAAGCGGCCAGCUCUCAGAGAUGCAUAUCGGGUACAUCUUCCUGUAUUUCCUUGGGCAACAGGGCACAUUCUUUUAUCUACAGUCAACACCAAAUGUUUUUUUUUUUUUUAGAUCAAAAUGUCCAGAAUGAUCGGAGUGGGGUUUCUCUUGUAUUAUACCAAGAGGGACUGUGACUGGAUACUGGGGCAACUGGUCACUCAUUAUGCUAAAGUGGUAGCUUCAUGCUAGUGCUAACAGCUCUAGGCCACUAGUGAUGGCCCUAUGCCAGCUGUAGUAGUGAUGGCCCUAUGCCAGCUGUGGCUGACUGGCAAGGGCAGGAAGGCACAGGUAAAGGAACGGCGUGGUUGGGCUGGGUUUCAGCUUGUAGUCUGACUCAUCCACUUUCCCACCCAUGCGCCAUUUCACCUAAUUUGUUAUCAUUCCUCUCGACAGACUUCUAUAGUGUAGGAAUUAAUAAAUGGCUGUUUUAUAUGGCGUGUUGUCCACAAAUGAUAGUCAGUGCAUUGUGAAAACUUCAGCCAGUGUAAGCUACUUGAGAAGCACUGAGGGCCAGUUGCUAACGUCCGGGAGCAUGGCUGCUUAAUGGGGCCGUUGCAUGGAUACCAGCCAUCCUCCGAUAAGGCCCAGGUGCUGAGGUAGCCCAGAGAGAGGUAGCUGUCUUCUCUACUGGCAACGGAACAAAGAGGGAGAAGGUUGGAUUCGGAACAGAAGACGAUGUUCUCUGUCCGUCUGUUAAGGAGGACAUUCCAGAUUGGAACCAAACGCUUCCUGCACAAACUUCAUGACCACCUGCACAAGAUCAUGCGGCCGGACGAUGCCAACAUCGUGGGGAAUGUCCACGGCGGCACCAUCCUGAAGAUGAUCGAGGAGGCCGGAUGCAUCAUCGGCACCCGCCACUGCAACACACAGACGGGGGAUCGCUGUGUGGCUGCGUUAGCGCGCGUGGAGCGGACUGACUUCCUGCACCCCAUGUUCAUCGGGGAGGUGGCCCACGUCAGUGCUGAGAUCACCUACACCUCCAAACACUCCGUGGAAGUCCAGGUCAACGUGCUGUCUGAGAACAUUCUCACAGGUGCCAAAAAAGUAACCAACAAAGCUGCGCUUUGGUAUGUGCCCUUCUCCCUGAAAAACGUGGACAAAAUCGCAGAGGUCCCUCCGAUCGAGUACUCGAGUCCAGAGCGGGAGGAGGAGGGGAAGAAGCGCUAUGAGGCCCAGAAGAUGGAGAGGCUGGAGACCAAGGAGAGGAACGGAGAAGUCAUCAAUGCCGUCACCGUACCAGAGCGCCAUAUGAAAGAGCCUUAUACGGUAGGCUGUAGCCAGUCUAGUCUGAUCCACCUGGUUGGCCCGUCUGACUGCACCUUGCUGGGCUUUGUGCACGGAGGUGUGACCAUGAAGCUGAUGGAUGAGGUAGCUGGGAUUGUGGCCGCUCGCCACUGCAAGACCAACAUCGUCACGGCUUCGGUGGACGCCAUCAACUUCCAUCGCAAGAUCAUGAAAGGUUGCGUGAUCACGGUGUCAGGCCGAAUGACCUUCACCAGUAACAAGUCCAUGGAGAUUGAAGUGUUUGUGGACGCCGAUCCGCUGGUAGAGGCUGAGCAGGGGAAGUUCAGAGCCGUCACCGCCUUCUUCACCUAUAUCUCACUGGACAAGGACAACCGACCGCUGCCUGUACCUCCACUCAAGCUGGAGGAGGAGGAGGAGCAGAAGCGUUUCGAGGAGGGGAAAGUGCGCUACCUCCAGAACAAGGCCAAGAGACUGGCAGACAAAGAGCGGCACCAAUGACAUAUUGCACCCGACAGGCCUCAUAGCCUAUUAUAGCCAAGCUCUGCAUCACACCGCCCCACACAAACAAACCCAACCUCCUCUAGCCUUCUCUCUCUCUCUCUCUCUCUCUCUCUCUCUCUCUCUCUCUCUCUCUCUCUCUCUUUCUAUCUCUCUCUCUCUCUUGCUCUCUCUCUCUCUCUCUCUCUCUCUCUCUCUCUCUCUCUCUCUCUCUCUCUCUCUCUCUCUCUCUUUCUCCAUCCUUUCUGUAGCUCCACAAUGGAAAAGGGAAAAUGUAUAUAUCCAUAUUUAGGAAUAUGGAUAUAUACGUGUACUAUAACUGUAAUACCUAUUGACCCAUUCCAUCCUCUGUUUGCCUCUUUUUUACCCAAAUGAUGAAGGUUUCAGUGCCACAUACCAAAGUGUAUACAAGCGUAUGUACAGUCAAUGAAACAUCUAUUGUUGUCCUGUUUUAUUUUCUCCUCAAAUAUGUUUUUUUAUUAUUAUUUAAAGAUAUAUAUGAAAAAAAUACCCAAGUGUCCUCUGUCACAUAAGUGUUCUGCACUAAAUAAAAACCGCACGUCACCGUUCCCUUUUCCCCUCUACUCAA